GAAGGACUCGGGGAGACCCAGGAAACCCAGAAAUGGAGUCAUUCGUCCUUGAAGAUGUGGCUGUAACGUUCACCCUGGAGGAGUGGGCUUUACUAAAUCCUUCACAGAAGAAACUCUACAGAGAUGUAAUGUGGGAGACCUCCAGGAACCUGGCUUCAAUAGGUAAAAAAUGGGAAGAUCAUGACACUGAAGAUCAGAACAAAAGCCAGGAGAGAAAGCAAAGAAUUCUUAUGUUAAGGAAAAUCUGUGAAAGGAAAAAGGUUAGUCAAUGGGGAGAAAAUAUCAGCCUUAGUCCAGAUCUCAGCCUGAACAAGCAAUCUCUUCCUGGAGUAAAACCAUAUGAACACAGAGUGUGUGGGGAAGUCUUCACGGAUCCUUCAUCCCAUAAUAGUCACACCAGAUGUCACACUGGACACAAGCCCUCUGAGUAUCAGAAAUAUAGACAGAAGCCAUAUAAAUGUAACAUAUGUAGGCAAGUCUUUAGUUCCCUUCGGUGUAUUGAAAAACAUGAAAGGACUCACAAUGAAGAGAAAACCUAUAAAUGUAAGAAAUGUGGAAAAGCCUUUAUGGAACUCAACUUGUUUCAAAGACACAUGAUCGCACAUACUGCAGAUGGUCCUCGUAAAUGUAAGGUGCAUGGGAAAACCUUUUGUCCUUCAGCUUCUCCUCAGACCUGUGAGAGAACCCACCCUGGAGAGAAACCCUAUCAUUGCAAACACUGUGGAAAAGCCCUCAGAAAUUACCGAAGUUUUCAAAGACAUGAAAGAAGUCACACUGAAGAGAAACGCUAUGCGUGUAAGUUAUGUGGAAAGGCCUUCAGAUAUCACAGUUCCUUAGAACCACACAAAUGGACUCACACAGCAGAAAAACCCUAUGAAUGUAAGGAGUGUGGAAGAGCAUUCAAACAAUACAGUGCCUUACAAAUACAUAGAGAGACUCACACAGGACGGAAAUCUUAUGAAUGUAAGCAUUGUGGUAAAGCCUACAGUUACCUCAGCUCCCUGCGAGUACACAUGAAAAUGCACACUGGAAAUGUUCCUUAUCAGUGUAAGGAAUGUGGAAAAGCAUUCGCUCGCCUCAGUUGGUAUCAAAGACACGAAAGGACUCACACUGGAGAGAAACCCUAUGAAUGUAAACGAUGUGGAAAAGCCUACAGAGAUUAUAGUUCCUUACAAGUCCAUGAAAGAAAUCAUACUGGAGUGAGGCCGUUUAAAUGCAAGGAAUGUAAAAAAGCCUUCACUUGUAACAAAAUCCUUCAGUUCCAUUUGAGAGUGCACACAGAGAAACCAUACAAAUGUGAAGAAUGUGGGAAAGCCUGUAUCGAUCACUUCUUUUCAAAGGGCAUAGGAGGACUCACCGAAUAGAAUCUAGUAAAUGUAAGUAAAUGUGUGAGAAAGACUUCAGUUUGCCCACAUCUUUACAUGUCGAAACUCCCACUGAAAUAAAUAAAAAUGUAAAUAUAAAUAAUCUGAUAAGACUCGAUUAAUUUAUGUAUGCUGUUCCAGAAAACUUUGAACAUUAGAGUUGUUUUUAAAAUUGUAAAUUGUGUUUACCAAGUUUAUGUUAUGGGAAUAUGGAUUUCUAUUACAGUUGUCCCUUGAUUAAUGUGGAUUAGGGCUGUCAACUGCCCACAUAGUCAAAAAUCUUUGUAGAACUUAAACCAUUCCUCCAUGUGGUUUCCCAACCAUGAAGGGAAACUACGUAGAGCUUAUCCUUUAAAAACAAGGGUUUGAGCUGUUGCUUAUAAGUGAACACAUGCAGUUCAAAUCUCUCUUGUUGCCCUGGCCUGUGUGGCUCAGUGGUGAGUGUUAGCCCGUGGACGUAAGGGUCUGGGUUGG